AUGGCUCGGUGGGUCUCUAGCGACUCUGCCGGCCGCCUUUGUUUUUUUGACUGCGCUAACGGCUCCAGGGUUGUCCAUCCUUACAUACGUCGGAGCAGCAGCAGCAGUAGCAGCAGCUGUGGCACGGGCAACAGGGGCUACUUCGAGAAGUUGCUGCAGAGUCACUGCAGCUGCUUGACAUUCAGUGGGGGCUGGGGCGGCUAUGAUGAGACAGAGGUGACAUUGGGAACCUCUGAGGGUGGCAUUUUUGCUAUCAAGUCGCACUGGCCUGCUGCCGCACCAGCUACCACUCCCGCUGCUGCUCCUGGCUGUGGGAAUCAGGACAAAAUAAUCAACAGCAGCAGCAGCGGCAGCACGUAUUUUGAUUUCCCUGAGACAGAAGGGAAGGCCGAAGUGCUGCGUUGUGCGUCUCUCCCCUACUCAGUCUUGCUAGUGCAGAUGCUAGGUGUGCAUACACCUCAGCUGCGGCGUCUGCUGUCGAUCUCAGAGGCAGCAGCAGGAACAGCAGCAGCAGCUGAAGCCGAAUUUUUGGGCCUGGGGGAUGCUGUCUGCUGCAGCGGCAGCCACAGCGCCGGUGGCAGCGCUGGCAGCAGCGGCUGCUGCUGCUGCCACAUGCGAAGUAGCGAACUCUUCGGGUCGGACCGGCAGCUCCUGGCAGUCGACAAGGGAGGUAACGGCGUCGUGCUAGACUGGAGUGGCAGCAGCAGCAGCAGCGAUGGUCUUUAUGAAGCGAAUGAGUUGAAGGGAUUUUCCCUGCGGGAGCCGCUUUGCUGUUGCAGCAGCAACAGCUUGCUGCAGCAGCAGCUGGCUGUUGCCUCUGCCACAGCUGCAUCAUUUCUUUCCGUAUUUGACAUUGAAGCUAACGCUUUCUGCUUUUAUGCGCACGCUCCGCCUGCUGCAACAGCAGCAAAGACCAUACUUCGCUGCAGCACCAGCAACAGCAGCAAGCCCCAAUCAAGCAGCACUUCUGCGGAUGCAGCAGCUCCUGCAGGCAGCAGCAAUAGAGGAGGCGGCAGCAGCCGCCUCCCUGUGUACGCUGACGUAAGCCCCCCGUGGUGUCAGGGGCCGUCUGCUAGUGCAGUAGCCGCUGCUGCUGCAGCCAGCAGCAGCAGCAGCAAGCUUCAGCAGCAAGUUUGUACCAGUGUCACCUGGCUGCCCCGUCUGGGGCCCAGCAUCCUCUGCGGCGUCACCGCAGAUGCCCUGCUGCUGCUCUACGACACUAGGGCCUCCUCGUAUCCGGUCUACCUCACUUCAACUUCUAGGCAGAGGGGCCCAGAGGGGACCCCGGGUACUGCACCUACAGCGAGGGGGGCCCCCUCAUCAGCGGGCCCCCCCCGCCCGAUGGUCUACGUCGGCGCGCAGCCAGGUUUGGUUGCUGCUUAUGAUGAGAUGGAAGCGGCGGUACUGCCGUGCUGCUGCUGCUGCUGCAGCUGCGCAGCCUGCAAAAGCCAGCGAAGGGGUCAGAUGGAGCAGCAGCAGCAGCGGCCCCGUGAUACGCAGCAGCACGAGUGGCAGCAAGAGUCGCUGUUCGAAGGCCAUAGGAGUCAGCUUGUGCUGAAGCCCCACGCAACCCACAGGAAGAAACAUGGCAGCAGCAGCAGCAGCAGCUUGCGGCUACUGUCUAGCAAGCUGCGGCAGCGCAUAGACGAGGAUUUUGACGGCCUCAUUGAAUGUUGCAUGCAGCGAAAAGGUGCAAAGCCGCGACGCCAGAGCAGCAGCAGCAGCAGCAGGAUAAGCAACAGCAGCAGUAAGAGCAGCGCAUUAUCAGCAAAAGCAGAAAGUGAUGCAAAAGUAACUGACAGGAGGGAAUCCGAAGGUGCGCAUGCAGGGGGAUGCACAGCGAGCAGCAACCAGCACAACCUUGCUGACAAGUACAGCAGCACGAACACUAGCAGCAGCAAAGAGGCAGCAGCACUAAGGCAGCAGCUGACCAGCUGGUGGGCUGCUCUUGUAUCUGUGAGUUCUUCAUCUGAUUCCCCACUAACUUCAUUCCCCGCCGCGUCUGCUGCUGCUACUGCUGCUAAGCACCAGCAGCAGGGGAAUUCAUCACUACCCCAUGAGGCAGCAGGCUGGCUGGCUACGUCCUGCUACACCCUUGUAGCGUGUUCUCUGUCUCUGCUCUUGACAGAGAAACAUAUGGUGAGGCGCAAGCUGCUGCAGCAAACGCUAGAGCAGCAACUACUUCUGCUACGCAGCAGCUGCCCACCUGUAGGCGUGUUGCAGCCAGCAAGUGGCGCUUCCAAUGUAAAAAGUAGCAGCAAUUGCGCUGGCAACAGCGGCUGUGGCGGGAAAAAUGGUGGGUGCGCCGACGAUCCCGUCGCAACAGCAGCAGCCAGGCCGUCCAAGAAAGCUCGGCCAAAAGGGGGAGCGGCAGCACCGGCAUCUGGAAAGGCUUCUGUUACCGCAGACCCUGCUGCCGCGCUGUUGCCUGAUGCCGCUGCGCCCCAGGGCAAACAGCAGCUUGUCUUGCAGCAGUUUUGUAACCGAGUGGUUCGUCUGCUGCGUCUGCUGGACCCGGCGGACGGCAGCAACAGUAGAAGCAUACUACAGUUGCAGCAGCAGGUCCAGCAGAAUCUGCCAUCUCUGCUACAUCUGCAGCGUCAAAAUGCGCUGCGUUUGCUGGAAUAUUGUGCAGCAUUCUGCUUUUGCUUUUCGCAGUCUUCUCUAGGAGCCCCCUGCCCACCUUGGGGAGGUGCCUCCCCUGACACCUCAGCAGCAAUGCUGCAGGCUGAAAUGCCUGCGGUGCUGCUGAGGCAAGCAGCGAAGGAAGUGCUGCGUAGCUUCAGGAGAGCUGCAGGAGAAAUGGAAAGUACAGUGCCUGCUGCUACUGAUGCUGCUCGGGAGUUUAUUGGGAACCUUCGAAUGGGCUUCGGGCUGUCCACACAGCAACAGCACUUGCUCUUCAGCGUGCUUGUGUGUUGGCAGCGGAAGGAGAGGGAGCAGCAGCCGCAACGGGAGGCGCAGAAACAGCAGAAUCAACAGAAUCUGGAGCAGGACAAGUUAAGCUCAGUGCUACAGUCUGGGCGGCUGGAAGACGAAGGCGACCGGCAGCAGCGCAAGGAUACAGAGUCAGUUGAUGAGGCGCCUGAGGUGUGCAUACAGCGCAACUGCAUCAGCAGGCUGCCUAUCACUGACCGUCUCUACUUUUCCAUUGCAAGGCGACAGAGAAACACUAAUUCCCGCGGCAGAGAAAACAGCGAAGUUCACAGUAGCGGCAGCAGAAGGAACAACAAAGUGAUGGACCCAAUUGUAGACACAGCCAGGCUGAUCUGCUGCGACACAGCUGGAGAGAUUUCAGUGCUGCAAGUUUGUGUCCGUCGUUUUAGAAGCCACAAAGAAAAGCAACUGCACGUGCACUGCAGUGCUGCAGCAUCAGCAACAGCAAACAGAGACAGCCUACAGCAGCAGGAACAAGAGCAGCGGGAACAACAGCAGGAGACAGACAAACUCACGAGGGCAAAUAUUUGGUUCCCUCAGUUGCCAUCCCUAGUCAUCUCGAACACCAGAGCACCUGCACAGUCAGCAGCAGCUGCAGAACCGACGGCACAAUUAAAACCAACAACGGCAGCAGGAAGUCGCGUCAGCGAGAAGUAUUUGGUCGACGCUGGAGGAUGCAGCUGCCGCUGCUGCAGCAGCAGCUAUACUGUGGAUCUGGAGAUGAGCUUUGUGGCUCCGCGAAGCAGCAGCAGCAGCAGCAACAUCGCUGUGCAUUCCAAUGGCUCCUACCUCCUAGUCGCCUCAAGAGACCCUUACUUUGCCCUCUAUGCAAUCAGCAAAGACCUGCCACUUAACUGCAGCAACGCUCACGGCAGAAUGCUGCCACUGUUGGGUUUGGCCUUGCCACCUGUUACUACAGGGUCGCAAGAGCAGCACCAGCAGCCAACAGCUACGGCAUCAGCCGACUUUGUGCAGCCAUUGCUGCUAUCUGCUCUCCCACUGCUGCCGUGUGUCCCUCUGCCCACUUCGCUGCCGCCUUAUCUCGCUGCUCCUCCAGUUCCUUUAUCCCAAGUUUGGCUACAGCGCUGUUUCCAGCACCAGGUGCAGCAGCAGCUGCAACAACAAGGAGCAGCAACUCCAGCAGCAGGCACCGACAGUGGAAUGGCUGCAGCCUGGGACACAUCUAUAGAAUUCGCUGACUGGAUAUCGGAGCCUGACGAGGCCGAGUUCCAGCCAGUUGAAGAAGAAGACUAG